AUGGCAAGCACGGAUGCAGCUUUGGCUGCGAGCCAGCCCCGCUUCAUGGGGAUGAGAGGCCGAGCGCUGGAUUUGUCGGUUUCGGUGAUUGCGACGACGGGGUUCUUGCUUUUUGGUUAUGAUCAGGGCGUCAUGUCUGGCAUCAUCUCAGCCGAGCCCUUCAUGCGCUACUUUCCCGAGACCUACAAUAACUCGACCUGGCAAGGCUUCGUGACCGCAAUUUACGAGAUCGGCUGUCUAUUCGGCGCCAUUGCCAUGCUGGUCUUUGGCGAUGCGCUCGGUCGCCGUAAGGGCAUCUUGAUUGGGGCCGGUGUCAUGAUCCUCGGUGCUGUCAUCCAAGUCACUGCCUUUAAAGGGCACAACGCAACCGCCCAGUUCAUCAUCGGCCGUGUGGUCACCGGCGUCGGCAACGGUAUGAACACGGCCACCAUCCCGACUUACCAGGCUGAAUGCUCACGCACCAAGAACCACGGUCUCCUCAUCUGUAUCGAGGGUGGUGUCAUUGCCUUUGGUACUCUCAUCGCCUACUGGAUUGACUAUGGUUGUUCCUACGGCUCCGACCAGUUUUCCUGGCGCUUCCCCAUCGCCUUUCAAUGCUUCUUCGCACUUAUCGUUUUGCUUGGCAUGAUCUGGCUGCCUGAGUCCCCACGUUGGCUCCUUACCAAGGACCGCCACGAAGACGCUGCAAAAGUCAUCUCUGCACUCCGUGGCUAUGGUGUAGACGACGAAGAGACCCGGUUCGAAGCCCACAUCAUCAUGGACAGUAUUCGUGCUUCCGGCCACAAGGGUGGCAUCACCCCCUUCAGCGCCCUCUUCAGCAAUGGCAAAACCCAGCAUUUCAGACGAAUGAUGCUUGGCGCCUCCUCGCAACUCAUGCAACAAAUCGGAGGCUGCAAUGCUGUUAUUUAUUAUUUCCCCCUUCUCUUUGAGAACUCCAUUGGUGCGUCGCACGAUCUCUCGCUCUUACUCGGCGGCGUCAACAUGAUUGUCUACUCCAUCUUCGCAACCACAUCCUGGUUCAUUAUUGAGCGAACGGGGCGCCGCAAACUCUUCCUCAUUGGAACCUAUGGCCAGGGUCUCUCCAUGGUCCUCGUCUUCGCUGCACUGAUCCCGGGGACGGCAAGUGCGGCAAAGGGUGCUGCCGUGGGCUUGUUCACGUACAUAGCGUUUUUUGCGGCCACAUGGUUGCCGUUACCGUGGCUGUAUCCUGCAGAGAUUAAUCCCGUGAAGACGCGGGGCAAGGCGAAUGCUGUCUCUACUUGCACAAACUGGCUCUUCAACUUCCUCAUCGUAAUGAUCACCCCCAUCAUGAUCAGCAACAUCGGCUGGGGCACCUACCUCUUCUUCGCCGUCGUAAAUGCCUGCUUCCUGCCUUUCAUCUACCUCUUCUACCCAGAGACGAAGCAGCGCAGCCUUGAGGAAAUCGACCUCAUUUUUGCAAAGGGCCAUCUUGAACAUAUGAGCUAUGUCAAGGCGGCCAAGGAGCUACCCUUCUUGGACGCCAGAGGUAUCGAGGCAAUGCAGGCACAGUAUGGGUUUUUUGAGGACGGACUGGUCGACGGGGUGGUGGUGGGGGAAAAGGGGGAAAAGGAAGUGCUCAACAAUCAAAUCGCACAAUAUCGCUUACAUACACCCCCACUCCUAUAUGUGAAUACCCCCGAUAUUCCAACAACUCACAUGCACUGCAAGUUUCAAAAUUGUCUAUGCUGCACUGGUAGUGCCAUUGACCUCUACUCCAUACAUGCGAUUGGGGUUGUUGGAGGUGGGGUUCAUGUCACCACGCGGACGAUGGCCAUGGAUCCACUGACACAGCCGAUUGAAUUUAUGUCUGCGCACAUCUGUGCUCGAGUACCAUUGAUCAGGAGACUAAGAGUCAAGAAUGGGAUUUUGACAAUGCAGUUGCGCGGGCUUGAAAUUACGAAUGAAGUCAUUGUAUCAAGACUGCGUAUCCGUUCAUGGGAAAACGAUAGUUAUGUCACGAGUUCAGAUCUUACUGAGAAUGAUGUACUGUUGUCUGGAUAUGCCUACCUCUCGAUGGGGAUGCCGAGGACAACAUUGUAA